AGAAAUGCACGACGAACUCAAAGCCAAACAACAGAGAUCGAGCUGAAAUCCCUAAGAAAGUAACAGAAAGGAUAAUGGAGAAGAAUCGGGAACAGAAUGAGAGAAAGCCAGAAAGUGGAGAAACGGGAAAGUUAGAAGGGCUUCCUAUGGAGGACAGCCCCUAUUUGAAGUACAAGGACCUGGAAGAUUACAAGCGCCAGGGUUAUGGAACCGAAGGCCAUCAACAGCCCAAGCCUGGUCGCGGCGCCGGCUCCACUGAUGCCCCCACACUCUCUGGUGGCGCUGUCUCCUCUGAGGCUGAUAUUGUUGCUGCCACUGAUGCCAUUAACCGCCAAGGGGUCCCUUAACUUUCGUAUUGUUGGCUUGAGAGAAUGUAGUUUGCUGUUGACUAAACUCAGAAAAUGCAAUUCGUCUGCCCUGUUAAUUACAACAUUAAUUAAAUAAAUUAAGUUUUGUUUAUCA